AUGGGCUGCGGGUCGUUAAGCAAAGAUGUUGUCGUUACACCUACUCUUGUCGUUUCUUCUACUCCAACAGCUGGCGCCGCGUUGUCAAACGCAAAUAUGUCAACAACAAUACCAACUGCAGCAUCUAAUAAUGACACAACUAAAAUCCUUAUUGCUCAUCAUACGACACAACAAAAUAUCAGUGAACGAUUGAAACAAGGAUUGAUUGAUCAAUCUUUGCAAUGUUAUUUAAUUAAUGAAAAUACUCCGAAUUCGCUUGAUAUACGAGCUAAACUCGUUCAAUGGUGUGACGUUUUUGUUGUUAUCAUUAGUCGACUUUAUCAGAGAACUCCGUUCUGUAUGGAAACUCUUCACUAUGCAAAAGAUGUUCGUAAAUCCGUGAUUGCUGUUCUUGCCGAACCGAAUUUUUGUCCAUACGGUGCAUUGGGUGCAAUAUCAGCAAGUGCUAUUCGAUCGAUUGUGUUAAGUGACGAUCAAUCUCUUAUACAUGCAGUCUCAGAGAUAACUACCAGUGCUCGAACCCAGAUAAAGAAAAAACCAAACACGAUCAAUAUAAAAGAUAUAUUAGAAAAUGAAAAGGCCGUGAAUGCGAAACUUCUAGUGGGUUCAUCAGAUUGUGUUGUGUUGAUAUCUACUGCUGAUGAUGGUUCUGCAGUUGCUCAGCUAGUUUUCGAUUCUUUGAUAGCAACACAACCAUCGAUUAUCAUCGAAAAUCUAUCAAAACCUAAUGCAACGAGCAGCGUAGAGAAAUGCACGGUUUUAGUAGGAAUUCUCACUCCACAAUUAGAACAAUUAUCUCUUGGCCAAGCAGUGUUUGAAAAAGCUCGAUCUCUCAGCAAACUAAUUGUACCAGUUAUGGCAAUAAAGAAAUGGCGACCGGAAGGAUGGCUUGGUUUAGUAAUUGCAGGACGAGUCUUUUUUCGUAUAUUCGAUCAGGAAACAGCCAGUAAAGCAUUCUACGAUAGUAAUCGUUUGACAGAUUUACGUGUCGAAAUCGAAGUAGGUAUAUUUCAUCUCAAGUUGGAUACNGCAGUGUUUGAAAAAGCUCGAUCUCUCAGCAAACUAAUUGUACCAGUUAUGGCAAUAAAGAAAUGGCGACCGGAAGGAUGGCUUGGUUUAGUAAUUGCAGGACGAGUCUUUUUUCGUAUAUUCGAUCAGGAAACAGCCAGUAAAGCAUUCUACGAUAGUAAUCGUUUGACAGAUUUACGUGUCGAAAUCGAAAUUGCGUGCCAACCAGUUCCAAGUGAAAAUCAACGUGAAGAAAUUGAGAAGCAAGCGCUUGCGAAACAACUCGAUGAAUGUAAAUCCAAACUAUCAACAUGGCCACCGGCACGUAAAUCCCGCCUUGUAAAUCUCAAUCAAAUCAGGCAGCCUGUUCGAAUUCAAUUACCUGAGCCCCAUGCUGACGGAUAUUUUGAUCAUACACAUCACUCAAUAACACGUCUGACGUUCAAAGCACCCCCAACACUUCUCGAUCAAUACGGUUUACCCAAACGACGUCCACUUGAUUGUAUGAUCAGUUACCAAUGGGAUAAACAAGAAUUCGUUCGUCAAGUCUAUGAAGAUAUGAAUAUGCGUAAUGUACAAGUCUGGUUCGAUAUUUGGGGUGCAAUGCAGGGCUCAACGAACGAUGCAAUGGCAACUGGCGUCGAAUGUGCCAAAGUGCUACUUGUAUUUCUUUCAAAAGCAUACGUUGAAUCAGCUAAUUGUCAAUUAGAAUUUCGUUAUGCUGUACAACGUGGCAAAGCUUUUGUUAUACUACGAACUGAGCCUGGUGUUGUCCUUGAACAAUGGGCAUUAGAAGCUAUACAGAGUUUUCCUCAAUAUGAUGUUUACACAUAUGAUACAUUAGCACAACCUAUCAAUGGAGUGCCGAUGAUUGACGUUAUCGUUCAAGCAGUACGACUACUGGCUCAGGCACAACCAGUGGAUCCUGUUGAUGAUUGUUCAAGUGAACUGUUCGAAAUGCGUACACUUCUUGAUGAUGCUCGAGAUGCUUUGAGUGAGGAGACAGGCGAAGCGCGAUAUAAAACCUGUACUCGAUGUGGACAACAGUAUGAUGACUAUUCGAAAGAUGGUUGCAAAAGACAUGCAGCCUACUUUCUUGGUGGUGGUGGCCUUCUUGAAGACCAAUGGUAUGAUGACUAUUCGAAAGAUGGUUGCAAAAGACAUGCAGCCUACUUUCUUGGUGGUGGUGGCCUUCUUGAAGACCAAUGGGUUUGUUGUAGACAACAAACAGCUGAUUCACCUGGUUGUAGACCGUGUGAACAUAUUGAUCAAGUUCGCGAGUUUUUUACAAACAGUCAAGGAUGUUCGUAUUGGAAACCAGCUUAA